ACCAGGGAACUGGCAUCUUGCAAGAACCGGCACCUUGCAAAGGAUUCCAGGCUACAGCACAAGCUGCCACGAAAGACCAGGCCGGAAAGACCAGGCCGGAAAGAACAGUCGUGGUCUGUGGAGUUCCAGGUAGCCUUGACCAUGGCACAAUGGUUGACAUACUAAAAAUUCAUUUUCAGAAGACAAAGAAUAAUGGUGGAGAUGUGGAAGACGUGGAUUAUCCUACAUCAACGAAAGGUGUGGCCUAUGUAACAUUUGAAGAUAAACAAGUUGCAGAGAAAGUUCUCACAAAAAGUGAUCACAAGCUAGAGGACAAGAGGUUUCGCAGGGAUUAUCCCUUGAAAGUGUCCUUGUAUGGUGAAAGUAUUUUUACCUGUGUGACAUGCAUCCUCAGUUUGUCCAUUUUUGGUGAGCAACACAACUUGGAAGAUCUGGUGCAAGACCUUAAGAAGAACCUCCCGUGUUUGAGCUUUGGGCCAUUGCACCCCAGUGGGAAAAUACGUGUGCAGGGUCCAUUUUCAGCCAUCUCUCUUCUCAAAGAUAGGCUUUUAUUAAAAAUGAAACCUACCCUUCCAGAACAGCAAGUUAAGGGAGGAGAAGGGUCAACAGCUCACAGUUCGACGGAGAGGCCAAUGAGCAGUGAGUUGCCCUUGGCACCAAGAGAUAAUCUUGCUCAAAGUACAAGCAAGGAGGCUGUACAAGUGACCUUGGAUACUGAUGUAUAUUACUACUUCAAAACAUUUGUAGACCCAUUAUAUAAAACACAUCUAGAAAGGUGUGGUGUCAUGGUUUUGGAAAAUGUAGAUGGUGAGCUUACCACCAUCUGUUUCAGAGAGGACAACAAGCCAGGUUCCAAGAAGUUAGAAGAUGCCAAACAUUUCAUUGAGACUUGGUCUGCAAAUCUGCAUGGCUUUUUGCGCAAAGAAAGGUUGGUUCAGGAAGGCUUCACCCAAACUGGGAUACAAAAUCUUGAGCGAGCAUGUGAGAUAGUCCGUCCUUCCUACCCAAGAGUUCUGGUAAUCCCAUACCAAACUCACAUAGAUGUCAUAGGAUCUUCUUCAGACAUUUAUAUGUUUUCCCAACAAGUGAAUGAAUUGGUUAGGUGUUUCCCAAAACAACCUUGGAGAUAGUAGGCAGUAAUUUUCAAUUCAAGGACAGACCUUGACAUGGGACAACCUGCAGUCCCACAAAAUAGCACCCUUGGGUUUCUUUGUUUGCCUAUAACAUACAUUAUCUUUUUGCCCAUCCUCAGUCCACAUCACUGGAUGACAGAAGAAGCAAAAUAACAGGAGUAAGUGUGGUUAGAGAGUUGUUAAAGAGAGACUGGGAGGAAUUGACAUGAGGUUGAUGUUUUUGAUGGAAGUACUAAGGUGAACAUUAUUCUACCCUGAAAAUAAAGCGUGAGCUCCAACAUCUUGAUAGUGACAGUAAAUGGACAGCAGUCAAUCAACAGAAGAGAAAAAAGUGGCACAGCUCAGUGUAUCUGAUUUGACAGUAGAGGUGAUAUUUGUGUCUUUCCCUCUGGACUUCAGCACUGAUUACAAACCUAAAUGACUUAUGAGGAAGCAUUGCUUCAGUCUUUUCCUCUCCCCACACCCCCCGUCCACGUCUAUGGACAAAGUUUGGUUAUAAACUUUCUAGUGUUGGUACUGUCCGUGAUCCUGUUAGAAACAAGAUUAUUUUGUAAUAGAACUGUGAACAGCUAUAGGUAAUAUUUUUUAAUAUUUAUGUAUAAUGAAAUAACUGUGUUUAAGUUGUUCCAAAUUAGCUGUUUAUUCUCAUUCUAGUUUUUUGUACACAGAAGCAGAAAAAAAUAAAUCAGGUAUGUGUCACUGGUACCAUGGA